AUGCCGAUGGGAACUAAACUAAGUAAAAAAGAUGUACCGGAGGUGGUAGUAAAGUGGUACUACAGACACAACGAGAUUCCACAGUCAGUCUACCAGCUGCUUGUGCAGGACCGCAUCACAGAGAGUUCUGCUGAUUUGUUGCUAGACCGUGAGGAGGUGAAGGCGCGGGAGUUGUUUGUGUCGGAUGCGACGGACACUUACUCCAUCAACUCUAUCAGGGGAAAGUGCUUCGUCGUGCACUACAAAGACUUCUCAAAGGCAACCAAAGACUUCAGUCCAAAGAAAGACACGUUCUUCUACGUACUCACUUACAACCCGGAGACACGGCGACUAAUGUCUCAUAUGGGAGAGAUUCGAGUCGGUCCCAGCUACCAGGUGGAGUUACCCGAGUGCAGGCCGCAGACGAAGCCACGUGACAUGCCAGAGGACUGUGAGGACCGGGAGGAUCUGGUGUGGUCGCCGGGCAUCACCGACGGCAACCUUAUCAUGUAUCUGCGUGCGGCAAGGAGCAUGGCAGCGUUUGCCGGCAUGUGUGAUGGCGGGUCUACGAAAGAUGGCUGCAUCGCUGCCAGCAGAGACGAGACGACGAUUCAGGCCAUCAGUGUGUUGCACAACAGUGUGUAUGAUACAGGACGUGCGCUGAAGUCUCUUGCCAAGUCGCCCGUACCACGAGGUGUGCGUCAGAAAUGGGACGAAGACGAAAUGAAACGAUUUGCUAAAGGACUACGGCAAUACGGAAAGAAUUUCUUCCGCAUCCGUAAGGAAUUGCUGCCCGACAAGGAAACGGCUGACCUUGUAGAAUUCUACUACUUCUGGAAAAAGACGUCUCCGGCGAACGGCACUCGUCUGCUGAGGCGAAACCGCCGACCAGUCCUUCGUCGUGUCAAGGAUAGGUCGCGCCGCUGCACGGAAAACAACAACAAGGAGAACGACAAGGAUAAGAUAAAGUCAGAGUCCUUGAGUCAGAGCUCUUGCAGUGAGGAGGACGUAGAUUCCGAAGAUUCGGACACAAGAGAAGCGAGUGGCUAUGCGUGCCGGCAUUGUUUCACUACCAGUUCCAAGGACUGGCACCACGGCGGGCGAGAUCGUGUGCUGCUCUGCACCAACUGUCGGCAUUACUUCAAGCGAUACGGCUACCUGCCCCCGCUGAAUCGUGACGAGGAGGAAGUGCCACUUUUCAUGUUUAAGCCCAAGGUCGAGCAAAUCGGUGCACUGAACGGCGACGGCGACAACAAGACUGACGUUGCCGACGUCACGUGUCCUGUGAGUGCGCGAAGCAGUCCGAGCAGCAUCGUAGAUGGUGUCAUAGUGCGUGGCCGCCAGUCACCCAGCACUGCCAGCACCUGCAGUAACAGCAGCAGUGGUGACCACGCUGGCCGGAAAAACAAGAAAACGGGCCCGGAAGUGCCGCAAAAAGCGAAGUCAGGAUGGGGACGACAUCGAGAACGGGCGAGGAGCAGACGUGCCCUCUGGUGGGAAGAAGAACGAAAGAGCAGAAGCGGGUGGUGAGUCUGUCGGAGUCGGCAACGACCGACAGCGGUAGCGUGUCGCACGAGGAGAACAGUAACGAUGCUGAGAUGGCCAGCACUCUAUCCUCGAGAAGUCCCUCAUUCCCGGAAGCAACCCCAGCCUCAUAGGAGUGACCAGCGACCCACUAGACCACACUCCGGCCCGACAGCACGAAAGAAGAAGACCAAACGACUGAAAGUGGCGGCACGGUGCUGCCACCUGGACCCGAGCUCGCUGCAGCUCUGCCGGCGCAGCCGCGACCACAACCGCCACCGCUAGUGCCUGUGGGGUCCGUACGUCUCAAGAUGGACGCCUCUAAGCCAAUCAGGAGCAAGGAGACCGCCGAGGUGCUGAGCGACGUCUCAGAGACAAGCGACUCGGACGUCAGGCAGGGGGCGCUGCUAGCGUUCAGCAGCGCGCCGCCGAAAAACGCCGAGAUGCCGCGACUCGUCGAGACGACGCUAGUGCGCGCCGCCG